CAUCGCGUUAAGCUUUUGUCAUCCACGUUCCCAAGCCAGGUCAGCCCUGAGCCUGUGGCCCUUGUCGUCGUGAGCUUGGCAGUAGAGUGACAGCGCACUAGUUAAUAGUUGCUGGGGGCAAGAGACCAUUCCAAAAAGACAUGGAGGAGCGGGACUGGAGGAAAACCAAGUUGUCGCUAGAACGGCCGUACAAAGACGACCAAGGUGAACGUAUACCCGUCCUGCUCGACAUCACUCCGGAUGGUGAACGGGUGUUUGAAUCACCAGAAAACCCAACAAAACUGCUGGGGGAAAAUCUCAGAAGAAUCUUCUUCGAAAGGGGUGUCGAUUUCUUUGAACGUCAAGACAGCUUACCUUCGGGGGUAGCCCAGUCGCUCGAGGCUGCUGACCAACCGAGUGAGGACGAGGAAAAUGCACUGGACCCGGCUAAAACAGUUUUAACUUCCGAAGAAUUGCUCAGUUUGCGCAUGGAAUGUAUUCCCCGGCUCUUCAUCGCCCUUGGUGAGAUGACCGAGGCCCGCGACCUUUUGUCUUUGUUGCUAUCCUCGGCCCCGCUACGACAUCCCUCCACCGCCUCGUCUUUACCCCCUUUAGCUCUAACUGCUACCGUCGCGACGAAGCCACCUCCCAUACCCUCCGUCGAGGUGUUUAACGCGCAACUCACCAUAGGUGGGAAAGACGAAGCGUUGCGAAAAGCUGCAAAUGUCUUCAAACAAGCCGCCGCCAACCUGGAAAAAAGUCGCCAGAGCAGCGAAAACUACUGGGCAGACGCGUUGAAGAUCAGAAAAGCCAACUGGGGUCUUGUCCCUGCCCCCUUACCCUUGGGUGCUCCGACGGGCAAAGGGGCCGAUAAAACGUCGAAAGACUUCUUCGUUUCUUUUGGUCUCGAAGAGUCCCCGGUACAGUUCCGAAGAAGAGCGGUUGCCCAUAUGGGAACGUACGAUGCUGAGUCAAAUACCCUACAGUUUCCUUAUCGUCGACAUUAUCGCUUGCGAGUUUCGUUGGUGGUAACAGACAAUGGAAAGACGACGUGCUCCUCUCGGAACGCCCCAGAUUUUCUUAGCCCUAUAUCCCCAAAUGAACCUCUCGCAGCUGCCCAGAAAGAAGUAGUGGACGAGGAAGUGUUCUCCGUGUUGAUUCGAGAGGCUAGUAAUCUUCCUACAGCUUCCACUCGCGUGUCGGAGCGAUUGAUUGUCAUUGAUGUGGCUGAAGGGAUCGAACUCCAAUUCGAAAUGAUGGAUGAUGACGAAAACAAUAUCCUUGAAAUCUCUCAUCAUAAUGGUGUCUUGACUCUGACUUGUGACUUGAUCUACCAUACACUUCACGCCCUUCUCCUCUGUAUGCACACUGCGCAGAAGUCACAACGCAUACUUUCGACUGGACCGUCGAGGUCGCACGCGUCAGCAAUCCCACGCGGUCGAUCCGUCCUGCUUCAACCAAUCAUUGAUUUACUUCAAUAUCAACAAUUCUGUUCAAGAAUCAAGACCGAGUUGAACAAACUGACUUCGGCCCUUCGUUCUGCUGGUGUUCCCUGUGCAUUGAGAUUUGAUCCGGUUGGGGAAACUGGCCAGCACUUGCAGCAGCGACUGACUACCGGUGAUUCGUCCUUGAAGGUUGGCGGUGAAGCUCUCUUGCGGAUCGACGAUAGACAAACCUUGCGCCUGACGUUUGGAUCACCGUCGUCCCUGACUGUCCACCUCCCGCAAGCAACAUUAUCUAUUGCCUCGGUCCCACAAUUAUGUCAGCUGCUUUCCGAUGAAGCAGAAAAAUGUUUGCUCAGUAAGCUGUGCGAAACGGGCGAGCGACAUGACAGGUCUAGCGCUGCCUCUACGUGGUUUGUCGACGCCGUUAGUGGCAAGACGGUAGGCAGGUGGGAAGGCUGUAUCGUCAACUUUUGUGUCUCUUUCACCCAGGACUUUACAGUUCAUUCGUCGGCGUACCGAUUGGAUAGGGGAACUACGGACAAGUUGUCUCUGUAUGACACGUAUUCCCCCCACACAACAGUUUCUUUGAUAGUCUGGCAACAGAAAGUCUUAGAAAGAAUCUUGUCAGAGCAUUAGUUGCAGUGUGAACAUAGAUGGCAUGACAUGCAGGUUGACUACAUGGAAUCAU